GUGCAAACGUGGACAAUGAAGCGCUUACAAAAAGCGCUAGCGUCACAAAUGGUGCUAGUAGUGGUGGUAGUAGUAGAAGCAGUAGUAGUAGUAUCUGCUUGUUACGUCCCCAUGCGGUGAAUAGUUUUUGGUAUAAGAAUUGUAAACUUUCAUAGGCUGUAGUUUAGUAGAGCACCCGCAACGGUUGCCAUCGGAUCAGUCUGCUUGAAUUGGUCUCAUUAACAACCGGCAUGGGAAAUAAGUUUGUUUUAUCAUAGAUUUUCUGCGCGAUAGAUUCAGUAACGAUACAGUAUAACAGUUUUGUUGGAUAACUGCAAAUAUGAUUGCUCAUUUCUUACGCCUGUCGGUGAUAUUCACCAUAUUUUGUAUGGCAACCGCCCAAGAGCGAUGGUCCUGGUCCGGAAGUGGAAAUAGCGACCGAAACAACGAUGCGAAGGGCAAUGCUGAUCGAUACAAUGUACGCAGUGAUGUGCUAGAGUUUCAGGGAGUCGGACCUAAGGCAACUGCAUCCAAUGGCAAAAGAAACACAUUUUCAGAAAGACAAGGCCGCUAUGAGGUGAAAGAAACCACCACCAAACGACCAUCCUUCUCGCGGCCACAGAACGAUGAGUUUUCCGGGGAGUUUGGCGAAGGAAAUCAAUCUAACGAUUUUGGAUUCAAUCAAAAGUUUGGCGGAGGGGGACCUAUUAACGGGCAGUUUGGACCGAACCCGUACGGAAUUAACCAUGGCCUGCAGGGGGCGGUAGGUGGAUUCCCGUUUCCCGGUGGAAACUCACUGGGCGGUGGAUACUAUCCGGGUCAACCACACUUUGGCGGCGGAUACGGCGGUCUGGGGCAUGGAACGGGUGGAAAUGGAAUUCUCGUGGGCCCCGGGGGCCCAACCGGCAUCAUCGGACGUCCCUAUAACCGGUUUCCGUACGGCGGCGGCGGCGGCGGUGGGCCUGGAUUCUAUCCCGGUGGGAACGUACAUCAUCCCUACGGCGGUGGAGGUUUCGGAAAUCCGACAUUCAAUGGACAUCCGGGUGGAUUCUUUUCGCCCGGUGGCUAUCCCUCGGGAGGUUACUUUCCCCAACCAUUCGGGGCAGGUGCGUUAGGGCCGAAACCGUUCGGAGUGUUCCCGGGCGGAUCUCCUUUCGGUCCGCAAUUCGACCAAACUCGGCAAGCGACCAAGAAGGUGGAAAAGAAAUCGAUCUAGAGCGGACCAACCUGUACGAAGCACCCACUCUAGUGCCGCUGGGAUGUUCGUUCGCUUCGUCUGGAUGCUGGGAUUUGUUUGAUGAAGUUCGUGGUUGUAGCAAGCGUCCAAAGCGUUUGUCUUUUUUAUUGUUAGCCGACCUCCUCAGGCAUUGUUACUUACCGAUUGUUGUUAUGACGAUGAUGGAAUAAAACAGAGCUCCAAAAAAUGUCC